AAACCACAUUUCCAGCCAUUUCCUCGAACAUGGAAAUGUAAAAGACCCAUCCGGCAUUUCGUCAAACACUUUGCGCUCAAUAUCAUUCAUCCAUCUCCUCGUCUAAGAUGAAAUCGCGCCCGAUCUCAACACAGCCCAACCUCAGUUUGCGGCGUUGAUUUCGGAAAUGAAUUCCCAGACUCUUCUGGCUUUUGCGCCGCUGAGAAUUGGAUGCUCCGGGAGAAGCUCCGAACCCGACCCGGCCCACAGAGUCUCCGUCACCAAAUCAACGAGUAAGAAGAUUUCAAUAUCCACGAGAAGAGAUGCGCAAUCUGCACUCUUUGAUUACUUGCACUGCACCAGAGGGCUUAGUUUCGUCGAUUCCGAGCAAAUCAGCAAAAACUCGCCCCGGUUUCUAGAGCAAUUGCUGUCAAAGCUGAAACAUGAAGGAGAUGUGGUGAGGGCUUUAACCCGUUUCUUCAGGUACUACCCCUUUAAUGAAUUUGAGCCUUUUCUUGAGAGUUUGGGUUUAAGCCGAAAGGAUCUUGCUUCUGCACUUCCAAGAAACUUGAUGUUCUUGAGCGAUGAUGCCAACUUGCUUGACAACUAUCAUGUUCUGUGUAAUUAUGGGAUCCCCAAUUCUAAGAUUGGGAAAAUGUACAAGGAAGCUUCUGAGAUAUUCAGGUAUGGAGAUGGAGUGUUGAACAUGAAGUUAAGGAAUUUUGAGAAGUUGGGCUUGUUUCAAUCCAGAGUCAUAGACCUGGUGAUUCGAUAUCCGUAUCUUUUGCUCCCCGGGAUGGACAACGAUUUCGUUGCGGUUCUUGAGAAAUUGAGAGAGUUAGGGCUUGGAAGUGAUUGGAUAGAUACUCACAUCUCUAGCAAACAUUCCUGCAACUGGAGUAGAGUACUUGACACAAUGUGUUUUCUUCGCGAAAUUAGCGAUGGCAAUGAUCAGAUGAUGGCUCUGAUUGAGGCAAAUCCGGGCUUGGUAUUCGAAGGGAAGCGUGCUUACUUGAUGGUUACCCAAUUAGUGAAAUUGGGUCUUAGUAGAUACGCAAUUUAUGCUGUGUUCAAAGAAUGCCCAAAGAUCCUGUCUUUUAAGCAGGCCAAUCGCAUAUGGAUAGCCAUACAGUUUCUGCUCAAGAUUGGAAUGGAUAGAAAGAGCAUUGCAACAUUUGUAUCUACUCACAUACAACUCAUAGCUUCUUAUUCUCUGAAAAAACCAAAGUUUGUCUCGAAGAAUUUGUCUUCGAGCAUACUGGAAGACCCUAUGAACCUUUUCAGACUGGCGUUAGAGGAAGAAGCCGAAUUCUCGACACAGCAAAAUAAACUUGUGAACUAUGCGAAGAAAAAAGAAUUCUUCUUCAGCUUAGGCUACGCGGAGAGUUCUGAUGAGAUGAAAAGGCUGUUUACAGUGGUGGAGGCUAGAGGAGACCAGUUACAGGACCGGUUUAAUUGCCUUGUGGAAGCCGGUUUGGACCGCAAUGAUGUAAUAAAAAUGUUCAGAAGGGCUCCAAGAAUACUGAACAACUCAAAGGAAGACAUUGAGAAGAAGAUUGAGAUUCUGAGAAAUCACUCGGGUUAUCCCGUGAAGACACUUGUGAGUUUUCCGACAUAUCUCACCUAUAGUAAUCACAGAAUAAGUUGUAGAUUUUCAAUGUACGAUUGGGCAAAGGGAAAGGGAUCGGUGAAUCCCACGUUAUCGUUAAGCACCGUAAUUGCUGGUACAGACGCGCGCUUUGUAAAAUAUGUUGUUAAUGGACACCCAGAUGGUCCUGCCAAGUGGGAGAGUUUGAAAAAAUCUAUUCUUUCAAGCUAAUAAUAAGAAAGACCAUUCUUUUGAAUUUUUGCUCUUGCAGCUUCAGCUUUGGUUUGCAGUGUCUGUUUUUGAGUUAAUUUGAUGUUGCCUGCUUUUCAAAAAUUAAAACAAAAGUGAAAAUGUGUGAGGGUGAAGGGUAGUGUUUUUUCUUGUGAAAUUUGCACUAAAUAGUAUUAAAACAUUACUAAAACAUAUGUUAUUUCUGAAUGUAUUACUUAAACCUUUUUAUUUCUAAGUAGUACUUGAAUAAUGUCUAGUGGCAGGAAUAAUGUCCAGUAAUGGUA